AAUGUUAAAAUGAUUAGCCACGUUCAGCAUGUAAUGACUAAAUGUCCAUGCCUCAAGGUUUCAAGUCUCAUGAGCGAAAGAGAAUCAAGAGAAUGGGCUACAGAAGGGAAAUGGUUAAUACCAGCCUCCCCAAAACAUGGGCAGUUCGUUUUCAGUCGCAUUUAUAAUGUAUCGAGUGCGUGGGGAUUACCGUGAAGCGCUCAAGACAGAGGCUGGGGAUGGUCAAGAGAUUACUUUGGAGUAAGUCUAAAAAAAGCCGUCGACUGCCGGUUCACAACAUUGCGUCAAUAGACUUUGCGCACAAUGCCAGUACUCCAUUGGAUACUUCUGCUACUCUUGGGCCUGGCCUGUGCCACUCCAUCAAGGUCUACUCGGAGAAAAAGAGGACUGCUGGAACUGGCUGGAGUCAUCAAAUGUAGUACCGGAAGAUCAGCCUUGGCCUAUAUGAUGUAUGGCUGUUACUGUGGCCUUGGAGGACAAGGAUGGCCCAGGGACAAGGCUGACUGGUGCUGUCAUAAACAUGACUGCUGCUACGGUGAUGCAGAGUUUGCAGGUUGCCAAACGCACACCGACAAGUACCAGUGGACAUGUGAAGACAAGGAAGCCGAUUGUGAUUCUCUGAAGGACAAGUGUGAGAAAAUGCUCUGCCGCUGUGACAGGGAAGCAGCUAAGUGUCUGAGAAAAGCGCCUUUCAUUAAGAAAUACGCUUUUUGGCCAGAUUUUCUCUGUGGAUGUGUUCACCCAACCUGCAAUUUCUACUGAUCCAUCAGUAGUCUCUCCAGCAUGCAACAUUCUAUAAUAGUGCGGAAGUCAAGUUUUUAUUCUGUUUUUUUCUAUAGCCAAAGCUACUCUUUUUGUACUGUUUAUCUAUAUAUUUUGUGAUUAUUUGUUCAAUAAGUACUGUAAAAUCUUUGUGGGAAUUAAAGGAUCACGCACAUCUCUCAA